AUGGUCGACCUCGGAGCCCCCAUCGGAACUCACAACGCUAGCGAAUACGUCCAGCACGAGAAGGCUGGCUUCAACCACGGCGUCGGCGGCGGGCACGCUUCUGGCGGUAUCCCCACUGGCACUCCCAUCGCCGACAAGUUUGGCAACAACACCACAGGUACCACCGGAGCGUCUACCACCGCCGAUAAGCUUGAAAACGCUCUCGACAGUUAUGGUUCCCAUGGAACCUCGGGUACUCGAGGUGCGGGCGUAGGCAGCGGAAAAGCUGUCGACGGCCAGUAUGCUGGCAGCGGUGCUAGCGAUGGCCUUACCGGACAAAGCGGCGCGCACACCACUGGCGCGGGCUACUCUUCGUCCACUUCUGCCGGCGUCCCCGGAGGCUACCCCAGCGGUCAGACCACUUCUGGCUCUCACGGUGCCCGUGAUGCUGCUCUUGCCGGAACUGCUGGUGGAGCUGCGGGUGGGGCCGGCGCUCUUGCAGGCGACAAGUACGGUUCUUCCAAGUCGGGACCCACUUCUGGUGCCGCCUAUGGCUCCGACCCUACCUCUCAGUCUGGUGCUUACGGCUCUGGCGCGGGUGUCGGUCCCAACAGCGGAUCCACCGGACAAUACGCUUCUACCACUAGCUCUAACGCUGGCGGCGUCCCCGGUUCUACCACUUCUGGCUCUCACUCUGGGCUUGGUAAGGGCGCUGCCCUUGGUGCUGGAGCCGGUGCUGCUGGAGGAGCCGGUGCGGGUACGCUUGCAGGCCACGGAGCUGGAACUGGCGUUGGCGCUACUGGUGCUGGUGUUGGCGCCGGAGCUGGAGCUGGAGCUGGAGCCGCUUCCCUCACUGGAUCUUCAGGAAGCGGAGCUGGCAAGUACGGCCGAGGCACCCACAACCCCAGCAUUGGUCAGCCCAUCUCCGACCCCAAAUCUCUCGACACUGGCGGUCCCCACUCUCUCGUGUGGGACGCUGCUACCGGUAAGUAUGUGCACCGACGUGAACUCACCGGUGGUGUCGGGAGCACUGGCGAGGAUGUUGUGAAGGGCGCUGCCAAGAGGGCUCUCUAA